AUGGCAUACCGUGCAACAGCUCUUCUGGCCCUCACUGGCCUUGCAUCUCUGAGCAAUGCCAAACCCAUCCACCCUUACAGCUCCACGGGUAGCAGUUCCGGUCACCACGGCAGCAUGACCUCUUCUUCUGCUUACUCCACUUCUUCCUCGUACCAAAGCUUCCCCACCCAGGUCGCUUCCAGCAAGAACCUCCUCCUCAGCAACGGCUUCCCAAAGCUCUCUCCCUCCGCCCUCGCAGAUGUCAAUAAUGCCGCCCAUGGCACCCUUUCCAAUGCCACCGGCAAUGUGACUUUUGCCCCCGACUCCCUCACAAACUUCCAGCUUAUUGCUUUUAACGAAUUCUUCGAAGUCGCCUUCUUCACCUCUCUGCUUACCAACAUCACCACCGGCGUCCCUGGCUUUGAGAUCCCGACACACCUCAACAGCACUUACAUCAUUGAUACUCUGAUUGCCGUGCAAGCCCAGGAGGAACUCCACGCCAUCAAUGCCAACACCAAAUUACCCGUCCCACUCCAGACCUGCCAGUACGAGUUCCCUACGACCAAUUUCAUGGACGCCAUAGGCCUUGCGGCCACAUUCACCGAUGUCGUCAUGGGCACUUUACAAGACGUCGCCUUCAUCUUUGCCGACGAUGGCAACAAAGGCGUCGUCAAUGGCAUUGUGUCCGUGGUCGGCCAAGAAGGAGAACAAAAUGGCUUUUACCGCUCUCUCCUCGACAAGAUCCCCUCUGCACAACCUUUCCUCACGGCAUCUGCCCGCGACUUUGCCUUUUCGGCUCUGAACCAAAACUUUGUGGUCAAGGGCUCUUGCGAUGUUUCCGGCAUCCCGCUCAAGGUGUUUGAGGCGCUCACCCUCGAGACUUUGAACAUUGGACUCGGUGAUCAAGUCAUCAGUUUGAGUUUUGACAUCAGCGGGUACAAGGGCACUGCCGAGGAUCUGGAGUUUGUGCUUAUCUCGGGACAGAAUGUUCCCAUUGUGCAGGAGCUCAAGAAUGUCAAGCAAGAGGGCAACAAGGUCACUUUCGAUGCCGAGUUUUUGCAGCAGACGGAUUUGCUGUUUGGGCUUAGCAUUGGUGCUGUGGUCAGAAAGGGAGAGGCCUUGGCUACUGUCAAAGAUGUGGUCGAUGCUACUGUCUUCGGACCUGCGCUUAUCGAGGUUGCUUAA